AUGCAAAGUGUUGAUAUUAAGGAUUGCUGGGAAGAGCUUAUUGGCCCAUUGCGGCAUCAUGAAGAAAGGAAGUCUCAAACUCAACUUGCAGUCUUUGUGUUAUGGCAAAUUUGGAAGAGCCGAAAUGCUCUUGUAUUCAAAAAUCAACAGAUUGACGUAUUAGAAACCAUCUUGGCAAGCCUUCGACAUUGGGAGGAUUUUGUUUCAGCCAAUGAAGAUUCAAUCAGGUCCAAGAGUAAAGGUGCUUCAGCAGUGAUAGGUCGUAAUAACAGCAUUGGACUUUCUUUGGUAUGGAGAUGUAAGGAAUUCAGGCAUAUUGCAAAACCUUUGGUACUUGAGGCGUUAGCCUGCAAAGAAGCUCUCUUGUUGGCAGUUGAUAAAGGUUUUCAGUCAGUUAUUAUAGAAGGGGAUUGUUUAGUGGUUAUUAAAGGCCUUCAUGGUCAGGCUAUACCACUGGAAAUUCCAGGAAUUAUUGGUGACAUUUCUGAGUUAGCUUCAUGA